UAAAGAAGGGGGGAAAAAAAGCAGCAAUAUUUCUUUAAUCCCAUGUUUCCUUUUAAGGAUUUUGAGAUGCCAUAUGAGAAUUUUCUGCACACAAGUAAUUAGCAUCAUGUCUUCUCUCUUUUUUGUUUAGAUUUGGACAACAGCGAUGCCAACGAGAGACUGAAGUUCAGCGUACUUAAAAGGCUCCCUGAGCCUAUGGAGCAGAGGAUCUACCAUAUGUGGGACCAUCCUGUCAGUUCAGCUUCAAUCUCCAGAAAUUAUGUCAGGACUCUGCUGGAGAAGCACAGCAAAAACAAGGGAUUUGCAUUCACCGGCAGAGACAAGCCGGGCUUCAGACCCGAGUUUCUGCCUCUUACCUACCUGGCAAAGGUACUCUCUGAUAUAGAAGAACAAGCUCUCAACCCUUUUGAGGAGCAGGAGAACGUUGAUGCUCGGUUCGUGGAGGAGACGGCUCUGAAGCAAACAUUAAUACUGCUGGGCUAUGAGGAAAAAUAAAGGAUGUGGGUGGGGGGGGGAGUAGGAGGGCAGAGUGAGACGGCAGUGGAUGGAUGGAUUGAAGGGGAAACAGAUGAGGGGGAAAAUGUGUUUCAGAGAACAGUCAUCAUCGACUGACUGGGCCUUGAGGACAAGUAACGGAUGGGUGGAUGAUGGAGGGAUGGAGUGCGAGAAAUGAGAGAUGCGUGGAGAGAUUGAGAGGCAGAGCGCUUAUAAACAAGCUCUCACUGGCUGAUGACAAAUGAGGGUGGGGCAGAGGGGGAGAUGGAUGGAGACGCCCUGGAAGGAAAGAUGGAGGAGAGGAUGAAGAGCUUUUCCCCCCCCCCCACUUUUAUUUUUUUAACACUGAGGAUGCUGGGACGUGAGAAGAACCGUUUUUUUCCCACACAAACAACAAUGUACAAAAGGAACCAAAACUUCGAGGACAAUAGGGGGCAGUUAAAACGGAAUUUAAUUUAAUUUAGAGGGACAUACUCUUUCAAAUUCCUGUUGAAAAUCUAUAACCACAGGCAGCUUUUCACAUGAACUCAUAAAUCUGGGGACAUAACAAUUGCGUCCCGUUCCUCUGCAACUUUCUCUCAUACAAUUUAUGAACACGAACGUCAAAAACUGCAAACACACUUUAUAAAUCAUACGCACUUGUUUAUCCUCCUCAUGCGGCUGCACCCCAUCAACUUGAUUACAUGCUGACAAAAGCUUCACCAACACACGGCAGCUUGAUUUGGUCGGUCGCCGGCUGCUGUGCAUUAAAUCGGAUUUCAACACUGAGUUACGCAGAAUCAUUGCAGCUCUAUAACUCAGUGGCACUUGAAGGACUCAAAAUUAAAACCCCAAGGAGAUAUAAGAAAGAUAAAGCACAGACUUGAAUAGACUCAUUACUCUUGAUUUGAAAUGCAACCUGUCUUUAACUUUUUUUUUUUUUUCCAAAACUAAUUGUCAAAUUUAUGUUAAGCUUUUAAGACGACUGAGAUUUAGAAACUCAAUAUCAGGGACAUGUCUAAAGCCUGGCUCACACUGUGCCAUUUCUCCCCGAUUGUAUAAAAGUUGGCGUGGCAUGUCAGCUCAGACUGUACGACUGAAUCGUUUACGGCGGUUGGUGAAAGAAAAGGAAGUGGAAGUUGUUGUAGGAUAGAUGAAAGUAGAUACAAUCGUAGAUGUAUGGAUACAAGUUUCAGAAAUCGAUGAAAGAAAUUGAUCUGUAACGAAAACUCAAAAAGAAGCCGGGUAGCGUGCUGCUGCUGGUCGCCAUGACUACAUUCCUACAAGACCUUUAGCCUGUGAUGGCUAAUGUUAGCGAACGUUAGCCCAUACCUUGGGCUGAAUUUGUUACAACAGAAAAAUAUAAUACCCAGUUUUAUUACAUGUAAGUUGGUACAACAUGGGCAAGCAGGCUUUAAUAUCUUUAAAGUGACUUUCUUUAUAUAGCAGAGAGCAAAAAACAGUCCUCAAAGGAGUUUAUAAAACACCAGAUACAGAAAAGACUAAACAAACUGAAUAAGUAAGAAAAUAGAAAUAAACUCGGCCAUUACUCAGCCUGCACGCUCUCACACACAAUGAAACAUCUGGUGUGAAUAAAGUUGUCUUGUGCCCUCACACAUGACUGUCCUCUUACUGUAAGUGAAGUUCUGGUGAGGAUGUGUGUGUCAUGUUCAUAAUUCUUUACGCAAUGUCCGAGAGUGUUGGCACCCUGCGAGACUAAAUACCAGAGAUUAUUUACAUCUCAUGUUCAAACUAUUGCAAAGCAUUCCUCUGCCAAAAAAAAGGGAUUUUAUAAACAGAUAUGUUUACACUUUAAGAGUUUUGUAAAAUGGAUUGUAAAUAAAGAGAUUUUUGCAACAAGUG